CCCCGCUAGCCUUGCGGCGCCGAACUCUGUAGUCCCGGAAGCUCGCAGGACUGGGGAGAAGAUGGCGGAGGAGGAGUUCUCCAACACAACCCAUGAGAGCUUCAACUUUACCCUUCACACUACCUUGGGUGUCACCACGAAGCUGGUGCUGCCAACACCUGCCAAGCCUAUCCUUCCGGUGCAGACGGGAGAGCAGGCCCAGCAGGAGGAGCAGUCAAGUGGCAUGACCAUUUUCUUCAGCCUUCUCGUCCUAGCCAUCUGCAUAAUCCUGGUGCACCUGCUGAUUCGGUACCGACUGCACUUUCUGCCUGAGAGCGUGGCUGUUGUUUCUCUAGGUAUUCUCAUGGGAGCAGUUAUAAAAGUUAUAGAGUUUAAAAAGCUGGCAAAUUGGAAGGAGGAAGAAAUGUUCCGCCCCAAUAUGUUUUUCCUUCUCUUGCUCCCACCUAUCAUCUUUGAGUCGGGAUACUCACUGCACAAGGGGAACUUCUUUCAGAACAUCGGCUCCAUCACUCUCUUUGCUGUCUUUGGAACGGCAAUCUCAGCUUUUGUAGUAGGUGGAGGAAUUUACUUUCUGGGUCAGGCUGAUGUAAUCUCUAAACUCAACAUGACAGACAGUUUCGCAUUUGGCUCCCUGAUAUCUGCAGUCGACCCAGUCGCCACUAUUGCAAUUUUUAAUGCACUGCACGUGGACCCUGUGCUCAACAUGCUGGUGUUUGGAGAAAGUAUUCUCAAUGAUGCAGUCUCCAUUGUCCUCACCAACACGGCUGAAGGUCUAACAAGAAAACAUAUGUCAGAUGUCAGUGGGUGGCAAACGUUCUCACAGGCCCUCGGCUACUUCCUCAAAAUGUUCUUUGGCUCCGCAGCUCUUGGCACGCUGACUGGCUUGAUCUCAGCAUUAGUGCUGAAGCACAUUGACCUGAGGAAAACGCCUUCCCUGGAGUUCGGCAUGAUGAUCAUUUUUGCUUACCUGCCAUAUGGGCUGGCAGAAGGAAUCUCACUCUCAGGCAUCAUGGCGAUCCUGUUUUCUGGCAUCGUGAUGUCACACUAUACACACCAUAACCUCUCCCCCGUCACCCAGAUCCUCAUGCAGCAGACCCUCCGGACUGUGGCCUUCCUGUGUGAAACAUGUGUGUUUGCAUUUCUCGGCCUCUCCAUUUUUAGUUUCCCUCACAAGUUUGAAAUUUCCUUUGUCAUCUGGUGCAUAGUGCUGGUGCUGUUCGGCAGAGCUGUCAACAUCUUCCCUCUGUCCUACCUACUGAACUUCUUCCGAGAUCACAAAAUCACCCCCAAGAUGAUGUUCAUCAUGUGGUUCAGUGGUCUUCGAGGAGCCAUCCCCUAUGCACUGAGCCUGCACCUGGGCCUGGAGCCCAUGGAGAAGCGUCAGCUCAUUGGUACCACCACCAUCGUCAUCGUGCUCUUUACCAUCCUGCUGCUGGGCGUCAGCACCAAGCCCCUCAUCCGCCUUGUGGACAUCGAGGAUGCCCGGGCACGCCGAAGGAGCAAGAAAGACGUCAACUUCAGCAAGACUGAGAAGAUGGGUAAUGCCAUCGAGUCAGAACACCUGUCUGAGCUCACUGAGGAAGAGUACGAGGCUCACUACAUCAGACAGCAGGACCUCAAAGGCUUCAUGUGGCUAGAUGCCAAGUACCUGAACCCUUUCUUCACACGGAGGCUAACACAGGAGGACCUCCACCAUGGGCACAUCCAGAUGAAGAGCCUCACCAACAAGUGGUAUGAGGAGGUCCGUCAGGGACCAUCGGGCUCUGAGGACGAUGAGCAGGAGUUGGUCUGAGCCUACAGUGCCUCAAGCAGCCUCCUCAGAACACAGGAUGGUAGGCCAGGGGCUAGUCUUAGCUAGGAAGCUUCAGGCUUUUGGAGCAUGCCGGCUUCAGAAGUGUGAUAGGCCUCCAUGACUCACGGAAGCAGACAGACAUGCCCCGGUGCUGUUUCCGGCCUACAGAGAGCGGCAGUUGCCAGCCUCCUUCCUGCUUCUCUGCCAGGCCACAGAGAAAGCUUUGGAGGCUGCUUACUCAUCUCACACCAUGCCUGGGCCAUGCCUUCCUCACACCUCUGGAGCAGCUGCUGGCAAGCAUAUCUGCCAUUUGUCUCGGAAUUGUCCUGUGCCUUGGUGUCAGCAGCAGUCACUCUGACCUGGUACCAAGGCCAAGAGACUUUGCCGCCUCAGUCCCUGCUCUAUGUCUUGCACUCCCUAAGAGAAAGGCUGAUAGGCCUUUUAUCUUGGCAUGGAACUGGCACUUCCCAGCCUACCUUGGAAAGACACCUAUGGCCCUCCUGUGGGCACAACACAAAUGUUUACACUGCUGCCUGAUGGGUCAGCCUGCAGGCUUCCAGGAAAGGUGUUCGCCCAUCCCCUGGGUUUAGAGUGCUUCCUGAAGAGACAAAAUGGAAGCACAGGGUGCCUGGGGGCAGCUUUCCCAAGUGGGCGUCACCUCUGUGUCCUCUCUUCUCUCCCACUGCCUCACUUCUCAUUCUUUUUUUUGUUUGUUUUUUUGUUUUGUUUUGUUUUUUGUUUGUUUGUUUUUUCGAGACAGGGUUUCUUUGUGUAGCCCUGGCUGUCCUGGAACUCACUCUGUAGACCAGGCUGGCCUCGGACUCAGAAAUCCGCCUGCCUCUGCCUCCCAAGUGCUGGGAUUAAAGGCGUGCGCCACCACUGCCUUGCUCACCUCUCAUUCUUGUCCUCUGUCUCCCCAGUGGCUUCUCAAGCCCCUGUAAUGUGAAGCUCCUCCCACCCAGCUACUGUUUAGAGCCCAGCUUUGUCUUUCACCAGUUUUUGGAGCUUGGGUCCUCUGCCCUCCAUGUCAAGACACUGGGGCAGUACUCCCCACUUUGGUCACCUGGAUUCCAGUGACUUUGGGUCAUAGAAACACGCACACAUGCAUGUGCUGGAUUAUACCAUAGGCAAUGGUUAUAGCCUGAUGUCCUCAUCUGCCCAUCCAUGGCCCUUCAGCAACUACCCAUGUGGCCCUAGUCCCUCCUUGUACUCUGGGUGGCUUAGUUGUAUAUGAGUCCCCCCUGACUCACAAUGGGGACACAAUGGGCCUUGUUGCAGGUGUUUCUGAUAUCAGGUGCUCAGGUUCUUAUGUUGGGAAGGACAGCUAGGCCUCUAAGGCCCUGUCACCUCACUGUACUGCAGAAGUUGGUGAAGUUGGAAGCAUGCAGUUUGCUUCUGUAUGUAAGGUCACUUAUCCUUGGCAAAGCCAAGAUACAGUCCCCUUCCUUGUCUCUCGCCUUAGCCCUGGAACUGGAGCGAUCUGUGGCCUUAUUUAAUUUUGGGGUUAAGGGGCUGCAUUCAGACUGAGUUGUUCUCUUUCUCAGAACCCAGGUUCCAUCUUUGAGAUUGGCCCCUGUCUCCUGUCCCUGGUACAUUAUUCUUGGCCUCCUACUUCUGAGACCUGAAGCGAGUGUUCCAGAGCUUGGUGAGAGUGUUGCUACACCAGCUCUGAGCACCAGUAGUGGCCUCUGCCUCGUGCUGGAUGAUGUAGGCUUAGCACCCUGGGAGACUACUAGUCCUUCAGAGCCAUUGGCCAGGGAGCAAAGUGCUAGAUGUUUUUAUUCUUCAGAUGUUUGACCUGAGAAACAAACCGCUGCCACCACCUCCUCAGCCCUGCUAGUCCUGUUGUGUGCGGUGGUGAAGGCACAAAUGGUGCAAGAUGCUGCCCCAGAUUCAGGUCUAGGCCAAGGGACAGGCCAGCUGGGCACACAGAAGGUAAUACUUCAGUGGAUGGAGGGACAUGGGUGCCCCUGGGUAUCUGGCACUUUAGCCAGUGAGCAGGCCAUACCCUGUACUUCUGGUGGUCCAUCCCUGCAGUGUAUACGAACCAGAUCUUGGAAUCAGUGACCUGCUUUCUACAGUGCUGUGGUCACAGGUCCCUCCAAACAGCCACAGCCAGCAUCUUGACAGGCUGAGGCGCUUGGUAUGCAGAUUUCUUUCUGUGCAGUAGAAUGCCAAGAGACUGAGCAGAGAGCCUUCUUAAAACCCACCCUGGAGGUGACCAUGUGCCCAUGGUAGGUUCUGGGCCAGGCAGCUCCUGUCCUGACCUCUCCUCCCUUUCUAUGGAUGCAUGUGUGGUAGAGGCCGGCUGCUGUUGGCUCAAACAGGAGUAUCCAGUAGCUGUCUACCACCCACCAGGUUUCUAAGAUGCCAUGUGGAGAUGGGGUCCUCCCCAUUCUCCUCAGAAAUAGCAGCUUGUUUUCCCUGCUGGCAUCCAAGCAGCAAGAGGCAGACUGUUAGCUGAAUGCACAUAGGAACAUGAAGCUAGAGCCCGUGGGAGGAAAGGACUUCUGGUGACCCUGCUAAUCCAUCUUGCCUUCCCACCUGUCCACUCAGGUUCAGAGUUGGAAGGUACCAUGGCUCCCUUACCCAGGCACCAUCAUGUGCAGAGGUGGUGGGACAGGCCAUGCUCAGUGGCUGUGGCCCUGCUUGAGAGCCAUGGUAGCACAGGCUGGUGAGUGGUGGAGUUCCUCUGCUUCCACCAAGGGGAAGCUGAAGGCUCUCCUCACAAGCCUGGGCCUUUUUCUUCUCUGACAGUGGAGGAAGCCCUAGUUUUCUGUUGUGAUUUAGGUAGGCUGUUUGGUUCAAGGUCCCUGGGGCCUUUGCUGCUUUGGGAGGGGCCUGGGGUCUGAGCUGGAGGGAAACUUGUCACUCUUCUGUAGCUUCCCUCUUGCCUGUCUGCUCCCCUCACCCUCACCACUGGAUUGGGGGAGGGGUGUCCCAGGUCACCUCACUGGAUAGUUAGAAAUAAAGUGCUGUGUAAUCAGA